AUGGCGAACGCACCGGCUUCGAAGAUCUACCUUCGUCCGCACCAUGAGCCCGGGAGGAAGCAGGCGACUCGGACAUACAUCAUCUACUUUGUCACCGGCAACCCUGGUCUCAUCGAAUACUACCGUACCUUUUUGACGCAUCUAUACGGAUUGCUGACACGCAACACUGCGUCGAAUCGCGAUGUUGAAUUCCAAGUCUACGGCCGCUCGAUGUCUGGCUUCGAGAUGAACAGCCACGAGAUCAACACAAUGAAAUGGCACAAAAUCCCUCCUUACGGCCUACAGGACCAGAUCAGGCACGCAGAGGAUGAGCUCACGGAUCUCGUGGAAGACGUUUCGGACGACGGGCACCGAGAUGUAAGAGUUAUCGUUGUUGGCCAUUCUGUGGGAGGCUACAUCACUCUCGAGAUAAUCCGAAGAUUGCGCGCGCACGGAAUUGUGGGAGAGGACUAUGCAACAAGGAUUGUCGGUGGUAUCGCAUUGUUCCCCACAGUCAUGGAGAUCUACAAGAGCGAGACUGGUCAGAAAGCAGCACCAUUCCUGAAGAAUUCCAACUUCGCCUUCUUCGCAGCAGUAGCCGCCAACCUACUGACCCUGCUGAUUCCGAUCUCAUUAUUAGCGACACUUAUCAAAUCAUUCAUGGGCUUCCCCGAUGACGCAGCACACACUACAGCUUCCUUCAUCAAGUCUCCUCACGGCGUCCAGCAGGCGCUGCACAUGGCUCGCGAUGAGAUGUUCCAGAUUGACACCGAUUUCUGGGAUGCUGAGAUCUGGGGUGCAGCACACCCGUCGGAGCACAAGCACGAGCGCGCGCAGUUGCGUUUCCUAUUCGCUAAGAAGGACCACUGGGUUGCCGAUGAGACAAGAGACAAGCUCAUCCAGGCGAGAGGACGUUCAGCAGCGUCUGGGGUUCAGGAAGUGGCUGGCCUUGGCGAGGACUGGAAGCCAAUCAUGGAGGUCGAUGAGAGGGAAGGAUUUCCACACGGCUUUUGCCUGCGCCACGGUGUACCUGUUGCAGAGAAGACGGCACAGUAUAUUGCAGAUAUUGUCGCGAAGGACACUGGAGUAUUUGAGAAGAAAAAGGAAGAUGAACAGGGCUGGACGUGGUAG